AAUAUGAUUCAACCUCAGACCCUUUUGAAUGUAGCAGACAACAGCGGGGCUCGAGAAUUGAUGUGUAUUCGAAUCAUAGGAGCUAGCAAUCGUCGAUAUGCUCGUAUUGGUGACGUUAUUGUUGCUGUGAUCAAAGAAGCAAUACCUAAUACGCCCUUAGAAAGAUCCGAAGUGAUCAGAGCUGUAAUUGUACGUACCUGUAAAGAACUCAAACGCGACAACGGCAUGAUAAUACGAUAUGAUGACAAUGCCGCAGUUAUUAUUGAUCAAGAAGGAAAUCCAAAGGGAACUCGAAUUUUUGGUGCGAUUGCCCGGGAAUUGAGACAAAAAUUUACUAAAAUAGUUUCAUUAGCUCCUGAGGUAUUAUAAAAUGAUAAUCUAAGGCAUUUGAAUGAAUUUCAAUCAUAGUAGAUUGUGUAUCACGUAUAUACCUUUCAUUUUAAAUUUUUUCAUUUUUUAAUUAAAAAGAAACUAAUAACAUGUUGAUUAUAUCAAAUUUUUGGGACACCACCGAUUUUAGU